GCAGGAGAAAGAAUAUUACUGACGUGUCCCCAAAACUGAUAUCAAGCACUUUGGCAAUUCAUGAUCAUUCUCGAACUCAAAGCGCAAUAAAUCAUAUCGUGAAUAGUGAACCUGUGUUUUAUUUCAAAUACAAUUAUAAAAUAAUUAUAAACUCAUAAAUAAACCAACUGAUAAACAAAAAUUAUUUAAAUAAUAAAUAAAUAUCUACAAGAUCAUAAUAAUGGCACCAACGUUAACUUCUUUUAUGAAUUCCUUCUCCAACAGACUGGAAGCUCCACUACGUCAACAUUUAAAAAAUGUGUACGGUUGCUUGGCAUUGUCGACUGUCACCGCAGCGACUGGAUCUUACGUACAUAUUUACACUGACAUACUCCAGGCUGGGUUACUGAGCACAUUUGGUGCACUUGGACUUUUAAUUGCACUGGGUACGACACCGGACAAUGGAAAAAAUCAAAAAUUACGACUUGGUUAUCUACUGGGAUUCGCAUUUUUAUCGGGUCUUGGUUUGGGGCCGCUGCUUGAAGUCGUUAUCAGCAUUGAUCCGAGCAUUAUUGUCACAGCACUUGUAGGAACGACUGUUGUGUUUACUUCCUUCAGUAUCUCGUCAUUGUUCGCUCCACGUGGCCAAUGGCUCUAUCUAGGCGGUGCCCUGAUUAGUUUGUCCAACAUCACAAUAAUGCUGUUACUUUCAAACAUCUUUUUGCGAUCAGUGUUUGUUUACCAGGCCCAAUUAUACCUUGGACUGGUCCUGAUGUGCGGAUUUAUUAUUUUCGACACUCAAUUGAUCGUUGAAAAAUUCCACAUGGGUAGCAAGGACUUCAUUGGACACUCUCUUGAAUUGUUCAUUGAUUUCUUCAGGGUGUUCCGGUACCUGGUUGAGAUCCUGACCAUUAAGGAGCAAAAUAACCGUAAGCGUAAGGAGUAAUUUAAAGAAGUGAAGGAGUUACCGCAUUUCAAUACAUAAAUCCAUGAGCUAGAAGUCUUCAUUAUUUUUUUUCAUCCUUCAUGAGUAUAUGUAUAUAUUUAUAUACUCAUGCACACAUAUAUCUACUUUAAAAUCAUAAAUAAUUGAAAAAAUAAAAUUAUAUUUACUACGAAAAAAAAAGUAACAAAUUAAUAAGUAAUAUUUGUUUAUAAAUAUAGUUAGCUAUAUAUGAGUAAUUGAAAAAUUCUUAACUAAUU